UUCCAAAACAGAACAACGAAGGGAUUACGUGAAAAAAUAGUAUUAUGUGCCACAAAUGGCCUUGCUGAUCGUAUCGUAGUCUUUCAGAUUCUUCUCAACAACUGUGUGCAUAUCAUUCAGUCUACACGCAUUUAAAUUGUAUUUAGUAAGAACAAAUAAAGUGUAAUCUCUUAAAUAACCAUGGCUACGUUGUUGAAAUGUAAAAUGGUAGUUUUAGGAUGCAAUCCGCGCUUCUUUUCGACUACUUCACAGCGACUCAGUCAAAGCUUUAAACUUGUCGUCGUGGGUGGAGGAACUGGCGGAUGCUCGGUAGCGGCUAAAUUCGCAUCUGUCCUUCCGAAAAACAAUGUGGCUAUCAUCGAGCCUAGUGAUACUCAUUAUUAUCAACCAAUGUGGACUAUGAUUGGAGGGGGAAUGAAAAAACUCGAACAAUCUGGUCGACCAAUGAGCCAAGUGCUUCCAAAAAAUGCUCACUGGAUCAAAGAACGAGCCAGUCAAUUUUUCCCGGAGGAAAAUCGUUUGGUGACAGCAUCUGGAGAAGAAAUCAAAUACGAAUACCUUGUCGUGGCUAUGGGAUUGCAACUUGACUAUAACAAGAUCAAAGGAUUGCCGGAAGCUUUCAAUACCCCGGGCGUCUGUUCAAAUUAUUCGCCCAAGUACGUUGAAAAAACGCUGGAAACCUUAAAAAACUUUAAAGGAGGAAAUGCUAUUUUCACUUUUCCAAACACCUUAAUCAAGUGCGCCGGUGCGCCUCAGAAAGCCAUGUACAUUUCGGAAGAAUACCUUCGAAAACACAACAAAAGAGACAAGGCUAAUGUGAUAUUCAACACUUCGCUGGGCGUUCUCUUUGGAGUCAAGAAAUAUGCGGACGCGCUAGAAAAAGUUGUGCGUGAGAGGAAUAUUGCCGUAAAUUUCCGACAUGAACUUAUAGAAGUUAAACCGGAUACCAAAGAAGCGGUUUUCAGGUUACUAGACGAUCCGGCGGGAAAUACGAAAACCUUCAAAUACGAAAUGCUUCACGUCACGCCGCCUAUGAGUGCGCCGGAUUUGCUGAAAGCCAACAAGAAAUUGACCAACGAAGCUGGAUAUUUGGAAGUCGAUAAAAGUACGCUGCAACACAUUCGUUUCCCCAAUAUCUUUGGAAUCGGUGACUGUACAAAUCUACCCACUUCCAAGACAAUGGCUGCCAUUGCUGGGCAGAAUAAAAUUGUAUACGACAAUUUGAAACUUCAGAUGGAAGGGAAAAAGCCAUCUCAAAAGUAUGAUGGCUACACUUCCUGUCCAUUGGUGACGGGUUAUUCCAAAUGCAUUUUGGCAGAAUUCGAUUACGACGGUCAACCGCUAGAGACGCUUCCCAUCAAUCAAGCUAAAGAGCGGAACACAUCGUUUUUCAUGAAGAAGGAAAUUAUGCCAGUCUUGUAUUGGAAACUUAUGCUAAAUGGUUGGUGGAAUGGGCCUGGCGUAAUUAGGAAGAUUCUCCAUUUGGGCACAGGCCGUUGAUCGACUCACGGAAGAGAUUGAAGAAAAUCAGUGCAAAAAAUAAUAUCGCCGCUAUCAUGACAAAAAAAAAUUAGUAUUUUUUUUUUAUGUGCAGUCCAGUGAAUUUUUAUAUUGCACAAGGUUGCAGGCGAAAAAUCGAAUUCCAAUUAAUUUCGAUGUUCGUGAUAAAAACAAACAGAAUAGUACAUAAUCAAAUAAACACGUAUCCCAC